AGACGAAGGAAAAAAUCAACAUUGACUGCCUAUAAUAAAUAAUGUGCAUUCUCUGGGGCAUUUACCGCCCCCACCAAUCUUACACUUCAGAGCUGAACCUGAAGCCUAUCUAUACACUAGCGCUGAUGCUGGCGCCUUUCUAUAAACCGCAUGAUUCUCAGAACCUCCACAGCCUCCUCAUUUAAUCUAUUUCAUUAACUAUUUUCCAUCAUGAGCCCUCCCAAAGUCACCAUCAUAGGCGCAGUCGAUCUCACAAUCCUCGACGACGACACCUCCGUCGGCGGUGUCUGGAGCAAGGCGCGACUUUAUCCGGGAUUAAUCGCCGAUAGCGCAAACGGCUUAUUCGAAUUUUCGGAUGAGACCAUGGUAACGGAAAAGCAACCCAUCUACAAACUCAUUCCGGGCUCUCAGAUCCAAUCAUAUUUGGAGGUUACGCAAAGAAGGAGCUACGAAGGCUGGCGCCUGUUCACCGGGAAGGGCGGUGUUCUCGAAUGCUCGAAACUGAUCGUGGCGAGCGGGCUCUACUCGAAACCAUAUACGCCCGAUAUACCAGGCCAAGAAACGUUCGAAGGUCUGGUUUUGCACUCUAAAGAACUCGGUGCCUCCCACCAAAACCUCGCCACUUCAGAAAUUAAAUCAGUCAUCAUAAUUGGUGGCCGCAAAUCCGCCAUUGAGGCCGCGAACAUCUGCUUCGCCGCUAAGAAACAUGUGCACUGGAUAGUUCGACCGUCGGAUAUAGGAGUCCCUUUCGUCCUGAGUGAUCCUGACAUGAAGCCAAAUCUGAUGUCAGCAAAUCAAGCCCGGAUAUUCAGCAUCUGGUCUCCGUCCAUUUUCUCUACGGACGGGUUUUGGUACAGGUUCCUGCAUAGCGGACGUUCGGCGUUGGGAAAUCGCGUUUAUCGCGGUUUCUGGAGGUUGAUGAGCUGGGCCAUCACGAGAGAAGUGGGAUACGAGAAAAGCGCCAACGGGAAGAUAGUGAAGCCUGGAGAGCCGAAUGUCUUCCGAACACUGGGUAGCACGAGCUUGUUACAAAAAGGAUCAAAUCGGUUCCUCGAGGAGCUUCACUCUGGAAAGAAUGUGACGGUUCAUCGAGCGGGUUUGAAGAGCAUGACCAAGGAAGGGAUAAUAUUGGACAACGAUGAGGUCCUUGAAGCAGAUGCAGUAGUGUUUUGCACCGGAUGGAGACCGAGCACUGACUAUUUCAGCGAUCAGGAUGCAUUAGACCUCGGACUUCCUGUACAUCCGGAAAGUGAAGACCCGGAAGUGGCGAAAUAUUGGACGCAACUCCUCGAAGAAGCUGAUGAAGAGAUGGUGAAGAUAUUUCCGCACAUGGCGGACGGCCCGCGGCCGGAAUUCGUGAAGGACGCAACACAGUUCCGACUGUAUCGAGAAAUUUUGUUUCCAAAGCUCCUUGCGCAAGGAGACCGCUCUAUCGCAUUUGCUGGAUUCGUGUCCAGCAGCCAAACAGCGUUCAAUGCUGAAAUCAUGGCUUUAUGGGCUGUAGCUUGGCUGGAAUGGCUCAUGCCCAAAUCAAACCUUCCAACCGAAUCAAUGAUGGAUAAGGAGGUCGCUAGGACAACAGCAUGGAUGGGAAGACGAUAUAGGUCAGGCAUUCGCGCUCCAGAGAUCGUUUUCGAAUCUCAGUCAUAUUUCGACGUAUUGGUGGCGGAUCUAGGGUUGGAAGUCAACAGGAAGCAAAAGGGCUUUCUCGGUACUUUCAAAGAGUGGGUCAUACCUUAUAUGCCACAUGAUUACGCCGGCAUCAUAGAGGAGUAUACGAGGAGUGUGAAGGAGGUCAAAUGAAUGGUAUCGGGCGCUGGCCAGGAAAUGACGCAUAUAGUGCAACUUGAAUGCUUGGGAUAGAAGAUGAAAGAGCGAGAAUGAGUCUAAGUACAUAGUAUCGAAUGUGAAAACGGCAGAUUUUUGGCUGAAAUGUAUCAUAAAAAAGCCGAAGAAAUGAGUUCUCGGGCUGUCGUGGUUUACACAACGUUGAACGAGUGAAAAUUGGCGUGAACAAUUUGGAAGAGUCUUGGAGCGAAGUGCGUCUAUCGGAUGAGCGUGAUCUCGAGACUAAUCCAAGAC